UCUCGCACGUGACCGUGCCAUGCAGCCCAACCAACCUGCAGCUGUCGCGCGACGUGGGCCACCCGAACUUGAUUCUGAACGCCACUGCGCCGUACUCUACCUGUAUCACUCAUUGGUCUACAUCGCUGUGCUAUACCGCAUCAAUGCCGCCGAAGAAAGUCAAGCGCACAACUGCAUCAUCGGAUGUGAAAGGCAGCGGCUCGACCCCAACGCAGCGGAAGGGUGGCGGAAAAGCCCCGUCUACGCGCGGGCGCGGUGGACUCAAAGACAUGCUCGAGAUGCCAAUAGACGUUAUUCACGAAAUCUUGCGGCAUCUUCGCCCACGCGAUCUUCUUAGUCUCUCAUGGUCGUCGAAGUCUGUUCACGCAUUCUUGAUGAAGAAGAGCUCCGCAUAUAUUUGGAAGCUAUCGUUGGAAAACGUGGAAGGGUUGCCCUCUUGUCCUGAACAUCUCAUUGAGCCUGCCUGGGCCUCGUUCCUCUUCGCGAAGCAUUGCAGCGCAUGCGGACAGGGUAACAUUGCAGAUAGUGGCAUAUUCUGGGAAUGCUAUAAGCGUCUUUGCAAGGAUUGCUUCUGUGGGAGGACAAGUGAUUUGAGAUAUAUAAACUUCGACAAUAUACCAAUGGACAUGUUCAACCAGUGCUCCAUCAACAGGCCUCGCGAAAGCAAGACGCUUUGCUUGGUUUUUGAGGUACAGAAAACCAUCCACACGUGGCGCAAGUUGGUCAAGGCAAACAACGAACACGAGUUAGCACUGUUCAUUGGCACAGAGAUACUGCGGGUACGGAAAAUUCGAGAUCACGCAUUGGAAUGCUCAGAGUGGGCCGAGGAGCAAGCCAGAAUGCACAAACAGGAACGAGCUGGGAUCCAAGAGGAUCGGCUUCAAGAAAUCAUGUGCAGGUUGUGUGAUCUCGGAUGGAGGCCUGAAAUUGAUUUCAUUAAACUCAAUGACCACGAAGAGUUUUAUGAGCACAAGCACGUUCGGGCGGCCAGGAAGCUCACAGAACGCAGUUGGCAAAACAUAUGCGAAGAAAUGGUCAAGUGUAUGGAAGCGGUCCGCGCAAAGCGCCUCGCGCUUGAACUUACGAAGAGACUGAACGGGCGUUGGAAAGCCAUGGAGAGUGCCUUGUCGAUCCUCUAUGAUCAUCAAGAGAUACGCAACCGCGGAUUGAGCUAUGGCGAUAUCGCACUCAUGCCAGAGUUCCGCGAGAUCAUGUGCUCUCCGCCCGAUGUGGAGGUGAACAAGGAAAGCUUCAUGGCGCUGGAAGCGAAUAUCGGGAAGCACGCAGAACAGUGGUACAUGCGCAUGCAAGACGAACUCCGAGCGCUGCUCAUCCAAUCUGCCGACAAAGACUCAAAUGGAGAAACUGCACCUGACGAGGCGGAUGUGGACGCACUGGAGCUCGCGACGACAAUAUUCCGUUGCGAGAGAUGCGCCGAGGUCAUGUUCUACUCGCAGGUCAUGAAGCACAGAUGUUUUCGCCGGGUUCCGUAUUGGCAGCAAGCCGGAUCAGACGCAUACCGGAAGUUUGUCUCGGGGCGACUCACAGGCUAUAGCUAUGCCUUUCAGCGACCCACCGUCGUCGAAGGUCUCCUCACUGUAAACAAUCCUCCUGACGAGGUUGUGCGGCUGAUCGAACUAUGCGGAAAGAACACGCGAACAGUGCGUGCGAAAGAGAUGGAUGCCUUAGAUGUCAGGUUCGUACGAAACGACAAAGAAAUUAUGACCUGGCGUGCUGCGAUGACAUUUCAAGACUACAUGUCCUACUCCGAGCGCAAGGAUUGGCGAUUGGCAACAGCCAAAGAGCUCGACGAGGCCAAGCAACUCGAAGCAAAGCGUCGAAGGGACGUGAGUCGGCUUGUGUGCAAAAUAUGCAAGGAAGAGUACAACCACCGGGCGGACGCACUGACUCACCUCGAAGUACGGCACGGCAUCAAAGACGCAGGUGUCGAGCGUGAAUCUGAACUGCUGGAGGCCCACCUCGAACUUGAUAUCUCAAGUUCGAAGCGUUGGGCAUUUAUAAUGUCAAGCUGAAAGGUGCUGACGGUGCGCUGUAACGUGCAUAGAGCAGACUUUUCUAAGGACUGGAGACAAGGGAAUGAGUACCAAAGAACUCCAGUGGAUAAUGUGAAGUGUAACACAAAUAUUAGUAGUGGUCGGGAAUCGGAGA